CAGACGUCCCACAUGUCCCACAUGUCCCACAUGUCCCACAUGUCUCGGGCGCAGAGUCUGAGGGCGCUCGUGAGCGCGCGGCUGAGCGCGGCCGCGGAGGAGAUCUGCGCGCUCCUGGAGAGGACCGUAGAGGAGUACGAGCACGAGCUCAGCCGCGUCAGGGAGACCCGAGGACACGGGACACCGGGGACGGGACACGGGACACCGGGGACGGGACACGGGACACCGGGGACGGGACACGGGACACCGGGGACGGGACACGGGACACCGGGGACGGGAGCGGAGGAGCAGCGGGAGCCGCGCGGAGUCAGAGGUGUCCAGAUCGUGUCUGUGAGUGAAGAGGCUCUGGAGCAGAGCGCCCCCUGGAACUGCCCCUGGAAACUGCAGCCUGAGGAGGGAGGGCCCUGCGGCUCUGGAAAUCAGACUGUGAAGCCGGACCACGUUAAAGACGAGCCUGAACUGUGCAUCAAACAAGAGGAACAACUCCCCUUCACUCCUGUCACCGUCAAAUCUGAAGACGAUGAAGACAAGUCCUCUGUGCUUCACCAAAGACCAACUGAGGAGAACAGAGAGGAAACCAACGGAGAGGAGUGUGGAGCAGACCAGAGACCAUACAGCUGUUCAGACCAGAGACCAUACAGCUGUUCAGUUCCACUCACUUUGUUACAAUCACUUGUGAAAAAGCCAAAGCCGAGGCGUCACCGGUGCUCGGACUGUGGGAAGAGCUUUGUGCGAAACGCAGAGCUCCAGCGACACAUGCUCAUUCACACAGGACAGAGACCUUUCGGGUGCUCGGUUUGCGGCCGAGGAUUUCGAGUGGUGUACCAGCUCCAUUCUCACAUGAGGACUCACACGGGAGAAAAAAGUUGUUUCUGUCAGGUCUGUAAUAAAGGCUUCGGUACCAAAAGUCUGCUGAAAGAGCACAUGAGAGUCCACACGGGACACAAACCUUUCAGGUGUCCAGUGUGUAACCGAGGCUUCACACAGAGAGGCAACGUACGGGCGCACAUCCGGACACACACGGGAGAGAAACCUUUCAGCUGUCCAGUCUGUCAGAGGUCUUUUACACAGAAAAGCACUUUGGAUAAACACGUGGCCACACACAGGCGGAAGAACCAUACAGGUGUUCAGGAGUCGCCGUUUGAUUAGAACUUCCUCAUUUUCAGCAGAUUUUUCAUCUUUUCUUCACAAACUGCUUCUAGAUCAGUGUAAAACUCUCAUUUAUAUUUACAGUAGAUGAGAUUCGUGAGAAAGAUUUAAACUUGUUGUACUUGAAGUCACGUCACUGUAAAAUAAAAUCACAUUUCAACAGU